AUGUCAAAUACAACGAUAAAUGGUACGAGCAUCAUCAUUAGCGACAAUCAAGCUCAUUUAAUUUCACUUUUCAAUUCACUCAACAAAUAUAUUUCACAAAUUGGUUUAGGUUUGAUUUUGAUUAUGGGUAACAUUGGAUCUGCUUUAACUUGUCUCGUCUUUUCUCAACCAACAUUUAAUAAAAGUCCUUGUGCAAUGUAUUUCAUUGCUUCGAGUUUUGCACAAUUUUUUACAUUUAAUUUUGCUCUUGUUACUCGAAUGAUACACUAUGGUUAUAGUAUUACAACACUCAAUACGAAUCUUUAUUAUUGUAAAAUUCGAUUCUAUUUAUUUUAUAUAUUUGUUGCUGUUCCUCGGUAUCAAAUCAUUUUGGCUUCAAUUGAUCGUUAUUUUGCUAGUUCUCGUGAUGCUGUUCGUCGACAAUGGAGUUCACCAAAGGUUGCCAGUCGUCUUAUGAUUGGUACUGCUAUUAUCUGGUGUCUCAUAUAUAUUCAAGUACUUAUUUUCUAUGAUAUUAGUAGCGGCUCUUGUAAGUAUCGCUCAGGAGCUUAUGGAGUAUUUUUUAGUACUUACAUUGCUAUUGAUAGCGGUAUUCUUCCAUUAUUUUUAAUGCUUGUUUUUGGUCUAUUAACUGUUAAGAAUAUUCAUAAAACUAAACAAAGAAUUGGACCAGGUGGAGGAACUAAUGAAAAUCGACCCGCUCAAGGUAGUAAAAUGUCAAAGAAAGAUGCUCAACUUCAUAAAAUGUUGGCACAUCAAAUUACUCUUUUCAUCGUUCUAAAUUUACCCAAUCCAUGUUACCUUGUUUAUAGUGCAUUUACGAUAAAUACACCAAAAUCAUCACUUCGUACUACAAUUGAAGCAUUUGCGAGUAAUAUGACAUAUGUUUUGAUUUAUCUUGGAUUUUCAUUAACAUUUGCUAAUUUUGCUACAUCAUCGGAAAUAUUUCGACGAGAAUUAUUACAACUGAUUCAAACAAAGAUAUUACGUCAAAAUCCAACACGCGUAACAACUGGUGGAGGAACAACAGUACGAGGACUUCGUCCAAAUGAUGGAGAUGAAUAA